GACGUCAGCGGGGCGGGCGCACCGGGACGCCGCAGCCCCGCGGCCCCGAGCUCCGCCGUGCGGUGAGUGCGGGACCCCCGGGGGUACCUGGGGGGGGGGGGGGGGACUUGGGGGGGUUGGAUGUGGGGUUUGGGAGCGGUGUUUGGGGGUCCCGGGGGAAUGGGGUGCGUGGGGUGGGAGGUGCGGUGGUUGUGUUGGGGUGCGCUGGGGGUGCGGAGGUUGGGGGGUUUGGGGCGCUAUAGGUUGGGACGGCCGUGGUUGUUUUGGGGUGCUGGGAAGCGGAGGGGGACGUUUUGGCGUGCUCGAUGGGGAUUGGAGAUUGGAGUGCCGGAGGGGGGGAUAUCGGGGUGCUGAGGGUCGGGGGAUAUGGGGGUGCCCGGGGUACUGGGGAUCAGGAGGUUGGGGUAUCGGAGUGCUGCUGGGGUGCCCAGGGUUGGGGGGUGCUGGAAGUGGGGCUGUUGGGGUGCUCGGGGUGCUGAAGAGCACAGUGCUGUGGUGCAUGGGGACAUGGGUGGUGAUGCACUGAACAGGCUGCCCAAGGAGGCUGCGGGUGCCCCAUCCCUGCAGGCAUUCAAGGCCAGGCUGGAUGUGGCUCUGGGCAGCCUGGGCUGCUGGUUGGUGACCCUGCACACAGCAGGGGGUUGAAACUGGAUGGUCACUGUGGUCCUUUUCAACCCCAUUCUAUGGUUCUAUGAUUCUAUGAUACAGGGUGCUGAGGUGCCCAGGAUGCUGAGGACCGGGGGGGGGAUAUUGGGGUGCCUGGGGAUGGGCGGGUGGGCACAAUGGGGUGCCAACAGUGCUGGCGACGUUGGUGCUGAGCUCCUGGAGGUGGAGCGGUGGGCUGCUGGGGCGCCGAGGGACGUAGGGAUGCGCGGGGUCCAUUUGGGCCGCCGUGCACCGGGACGAUGGGUGUCGGGGUGCUCAGGUCCCCCCUGUCAGCACCCUGCGCCCCGCAGCGCCCGAUGCCCGUCCCCACCCGGCGCCAUGGCCGAGGGCAAGAUCGCGGGGCUGUACGACCUGGAGCGCACGCUGGGUAAGGGCCACUUCGCCGUGGUGAAGCUGGCGAGGCACGUCUUCACGGGGCAGCGCGUGGCCGUCAAGGUGAUCGACAAGAGCAAGCUGGCGGGCGAGGCGGCGGGGCAGCUGCUGCAGGAGGUGCGCUGCAUGAAGCUGGUGCAGCACCCCAACGUGGUGCGCCUCUACGAGGUCAUCGACACCCACGCCAAGCUCUACCUCAUCCUGGAGCUGGGGGACGGCGGCGAUAUGUUCGACCACAUCAUGAGGCACGAGGGCGGCCUGGCCGAGCCCCGCGCCAAGCACUACUUCGCCCAGAUCGUCCACGCCAUCUCCUACUGCCACAAGCUGCACGUGGUGCACCGCGACCUCAAGCCCGAGAACGUGGUCUUCUUCCAGGAGCAGGGGGUGGUCAAGCUGACGGACUUUGGCUUCAGCAACCGCUUCCAGCCCGGCAAGAUGCUCACCACCAGCUGUGGCUCGCUGGCGUACUCGGCGCCGGAGAUCCUGCUUGGGGAUGAGUACGAUGCUCCGGCCGUGGACAUCUGGAGCCUGGGGGUCAUCCUCUACAUGCUGGUGUGCGGGCAGCCGCCCUUCCAGGAGGCCAACGACAGCGAGACGCUCACCAUGAUCAUGGACUGCCGCUACACCGUGCCCCCGCACGUCUCCGCACAGUGCUCCGACCUCAUCUCCAGGAUGCUGCAGAGGGACCCCCGGCAGAGAGCCUCCCUGGAGCAGAUCGAGGGCCACGCGUGGCUGCAGGGGGUGGAUCCGUCCCCCGCCAGCCGCUGCCUGCUGCCCCUCACCUCGCACAAGCGCGUGUCCCAGGAGGAGCACGAGAUCAUCAUCCAGGCCAUGACGUGCGGGCACAUCGCCGACCGCGACACCAUCCAGGAGGCGCUGGAGGCCGACCGCUACAACCACAUCACGGCCACCUACUUUCUGCUGGCCGAGAGGAUGCUGCGGGAGAAGCAGGAGGAGCAGAGCCGCCGUCAGAGCCUCCUCUACGACCUGGCCAAGCAGGUGCAGAGCAGGACCGACCUCUCGGACGCGUUCGGCCCCGGGGGCGGCACUGAGGGCUGCCGGCCCGCAGCGGAGGCUCCCGGCAGCUCCCAGCCCAGCGGCGGGGACGGCGGCCGCGGGCGUCAGCCGCCCCGGGUGCUGCUGAAGGCCCCCACCAUCGAUACAGCCAUCACCAAGAGCACCCCGGCCCUGCAGCAGAUCUGCGAGGAGGAAGAGGAGGAGGAGGAAGAGGAGUGCAGGCCCGGCGCGAUGGAGAGGAAGAGCAGCUCCCUGAACCAGGAGCAGAUGCGGGAUUUCCUCCGCGCCGGGGCCCGCCGGCCGCCGUGCCGCGGGGAGGUGCUGGGCUGGGGGGCCGAGCCGGGGGGCCGGGCGGGGUACCGGGGUGCCGGCGGAGCCCGAGGGCCUCCGGGGCCGCGGGGGGACGGGAGGGGCGGCGCGGGGGCCGCCGAGGGCAGGGAGGGCCCGGGGCAGCCCGGGGGAAGGGGAGCCGACCCCGCCGCCGGGCCGGGCCCGAAGGAGAAGCGGCCGGGAGCGCCCGGCGGGCGGACCGAGGGGGGGGUGGGGGGCGGCGAGGGGGAGGCGGAGAACGCGAUAAAGCUGGACCCGGCUAAGGGCAAGAGCGGCGGGCUGAGGGAGCGGCUGAUGCGGUUCCCGCUGUGCGAGAAGGCCUUGGCCUUCCAGCUGCAGCCCGGCCCCAAGGAGGGGCUGCUGCCCCUGGGGCAGUUCAACUGCUGCCACGUCGUGUAGCCGGGCGGGCGGGCGGCCGUUUUUUAACUACCAGAAAGGAUUUUUUUAAAUAGUCUAUUUUAAUGUAAGGACACAGCGACGGCUUUAUCCCCCGCCCGCGCUCCCGCGGCCGCGCGACCCCAACCCGCACCGUUACCCCCCGCCCGACCCCCCCCCCCCCCUUACGACGCGCUUCCUAUUUAUUAUUACCUCUUUGUUUUCUUGCUGGCAAGAAAUGAACGCACGAGGCGGGGCCGCCGCCCGGCCCGGGCUGCGCUGAAUGGAUGGGAGCCGCCGGGAAGCAAAGUUCGUCGGUGCAAUAAACCGCGCUUCGGUUUGA